GAGAGUCAACUACAUUUGCUGUGGUUCUGGAGUUAUGUGAAGGUCAAUCAAGGAUUUGAGCAGUGACAGAUCGGAUUCACGCAGAGGUUGCGCUUGGGCUUCAGGGGAGCGCAAUUCUCGUUCUGAUCCUCUGCUAUGACUUCAAAGACACAUUAUCGAUCACGUCAACAUGCCUACAAAACAAAACCGGUUGCACUUGCCUGGCUUCAAGCUCGCCUUCCUUUGCUCCGUUUCUGAUUGGUGCCAGCGAGUUCGGGGAAGAUGCUGGGAGCUUCUGUGGUCUCCUCCACCAACGAAUCUUUCGAAUAUCUGAACAUUUCGUGUUUGGGGAAUGGGUGCAGUAACGCGACAGCCGCUCCGAGACCCCCGGUGUUGAUGGACGCCUGGCUGGUGCCUCUCUUCUUCGGGAUUCUCAUGGUGGUGGGUCUGGCUGGAAAUUCACUGGUGAUUUAUGUGGUAACGAAGCACAAGCAGAUGCGCACAGUUACCAACUUUUACAUAGCAAACCUGGCUACAACUGAUAUUAUUUUUCUGAUAUGCUGUGUCCCAUUCACUGCAGUCCUAUACCCACUCCCGAGCUGGAUUUUCGGGGAGUUCAUGUGCAAAUUUGUCAAUUACAUACAACAGGUAUCAGUACAGGCAACAUGUGUCACAUUGACUGCAAUGAGUGUAGACAGGUGGUAUGUGACAGUAUAUCCCCUCAGAUCCCUGAGGCAGAGAACACCCCGGGUGGCAAUGGCUGUCAGUCUUGGAAUAUGGAUUGGGUCUUUUAUUGUGUCCAUACCAGUGGCUAUGUAUCAGAAAAUUCAAAACGGAUACUGGUUUGGACCCCAGGUCUAUUGCAGUGAAUCUUUCCCUUCUGCUUCCCAUGAGAAGGCCUUUAUCCUUCAUAACUUCUUAGCUGUCUAUCUUCUCCCGUUGGUCACGAUCUGUGUGUCUUAUACUGCCAUGCUGCAUCAGAUGGGGCGACCAGCUGUGGAACCCAUUGACAACAACUACCAGGUUCAACUUCUUGCUGAAAGAUCAGAGGCCAUGCGCACAAAGGUCUCCAGGAUGUUGGCAGUUAUGGUCCUUCUCUUUGCCCUUUGUUGGGGUCCCAUCCAGUUGUACAUCCUUUUCCAAUCAUUUCUUCCAAAUUUUAACAGGAAUUACUAUACAUACAAAAUCAAAAUCUGGGCCCAUUGCAUGUCCUACACAAAUUCCUCCAUCAAUCCUAUUGUAUAUGCGUUCAUGGGAGACAACUUUAGAAAAUCAUUCAAGAAAGCUUUCCCAUUCAUCUUCAGACAGAGAGUUGGGAACACAAACAGUGGAAAUACUGCUGGCAACACGGAGAUGCAUUUUAUUUCAUCUGGAACGUAAGGGAUUUGGAUAUUUUGGGAUAUAAUGCUUUAAUUGUUGAAAAUAUUUGAGUUGAACCAGGAAGGUCUGAUAGAAGACUUGAUAUCAACUAUUGUUAGAAUUUCAUUCUGUUUGGCUAAGUGCCAGGCACCCAUUACCAGUAUCAUUCACACUUUACAUGGGUGAACAGUUGUUCCUACGCAAUUUUGAAAAACAUUUUUCCUAAGACACUCACAGCUUAGAGCCCUGAUGGUUUGGGGAAAUGUCUCACAUCAAGGAUAGCUGAGCCAUUAAAUCCAGGAAAGCCCUAAGAUUAAUCUCUAGACUUUGCUGAGGUAGAUGGCAUCUGUCAAAUUCUUCACUGAAAUUUUCACCUGGUCGUGAAGGGAUAAAAGCAAAUAAAUGUGCUAUUCUUGACUGUUAUCCAAUGACCUUUGCUGUAGAUUGUGAGUAUGUAUGGUUGUGCGUUGAGUGAAGGAUUAGGUGCAUGUCUGAUAGCCCUUGUAAUUCAGAGCUUGUUGUCACUUGUUUAUGCUCUUAGUGCCUCCUGCUGCUUCACUGAGUAAUGAGACAAAGGACAAAGGUAUCCAUUAUUUAUAACAAUCAUAUUGCAAGUAUGUAGUUGUGAAUUUUAAUUAAUUAGGUGAUCUGUUCUAAUUUCAUUAACUUAUACUUUGAGUGAAGCAGUGAAAGGAUGAAUUUGAAACAGUCAAAUUUAAAGAAAGCAAAAUAUAGAAUGUGGAAAUUUUAUACUUUUUGCAACUUGGUUGACCUUCAGUGGUUACUUAGUUUAUUUUACAGAGAAGGAAACAAUUGCAAUGACAAAGUAAGAAGUACAGAGGUGUCUUGUACAUAUAUACAUGACAGUUGGGAACCAAAGAGGGCCCCCCCCCAAAUCUAUGAUGUAACCAUUUAUGUUGGAUGUGUCCAAGACAAACAUAAACCACAGUAGGGGGAUGUCUACCCCAGUCCCAGGCCCGAGAUCGUUUCUGUCCAAUAGACACAAAAUACUUUACACAAAGCAUCAAUAGAAUGUGUCUGACAGACUCAUAGUACUAAUCCACAUGCACAGCUCCCGAACAGACAAUUUAAGAGAUGUCUGCAGAGCUUGAUGAGAAACGAAAUUGUCAUUUUAUUUCACAUCAAGAAAAAAACAUAAUUACAUUCAUAUAGUACAUUUUGUGACCUCAGAACAUCCCAAAUCACUUCACAGCAAAUGAACUUCUUUUUAAACAUAGUGAGGGUUGGAAAAGAAGAUUUUCUGUCCUGAUCUCUACCCAUUAUAUGUGUCACUUGUGUGUAACAAAAUCUGACAAAUAACAAUCAAUAAUAAUCAGAUCAACUAAUUUAGUGAUGUUGGUUGAGAAUAAUUAUUGGCCAGAACAGCAGGAUUCCAUUCUGUCAUGGGAUUUUUUUGCAACCACAUGAGAAGGCAGACAGAGCAUCAGUUCAACAUCACUUCUUGGAAAAUGAUACUUCGGCUUCCUUGGUACUGUAUUGAAGUAUUAGCGUGGAUGAUACUUUAAAGAUUCUAAAAUAGGACUUGAAACCAUAACCUUCUGACUCAGAGGCAAGAGUGCUACCUGUCCUCCGAGCCACAGCUAACGUAUAGAAUGCUGAAUCCUUUCUUUGAAGAGCUUUGUAUUACAAUAUGUUUAUAAGUAGAAAAUCACUAGUUGUAUUCAAUCUCUGUGCAUCUUGAUAUAUUGCUUCGUGUACAAAAAAAACAUUCAGCAUGAUUUUUGUGUUAAUCUUGCAAAUAUAAUGAUUGGCUAUUUUAUUUUAAAACAUGACUAAGAGGCUGAAAUGGGUCUUUAAAUCUCCAGUUGUAUGUUCUAUUCUAUCAUGAAUUAACUUAUCGCUGAAAUAGAAAAUAGCCAUUUCUGACCUAUGCGGACAUGAAGGAUUCAAGAUUCCAUUAUUGAAACUGGGUUGAAUUAUGUAGCCCAAUUCAAACAGGCAGUAGAAUUCUCUAAAAUGCCAAUUCUAAGGAGGGGAAAGUUCAGGCAGCUCUUUCUCUCCUAGCCCUGCCCGUUGUUUAUGGAUAUCAGAUGGGGACCGGGUCAGGUUUAGUUUUGACACACUUAAGCACCCAGUUAAAUAGACUAACAACAUUUGCUGCCUUUCAAAAUGGUUGGUAGCUGAAGUAACCAGGUUAGAAUUUAGGAAAGGAAUCAUUCACAUGAGUUAGAUAUUGCAUUGUGCUAUUGAGAUAUCCAUUGACUCAAUUUGUUAAAGAACAAUUAAAAUUUUUACACCAUAGAGGGACACCAUGCAUCCCAUCAUAACCUUGCAAUUUCUUUGAAGAAAUAAUCCUAUUAGUCCACUCCUCACACUUGCCCUCCUCCUUUCAAAUUUGUUUUGCCAGCAUUUAAAUUGUGGUUCCAAUAAAGGCAAAUAAUUACAUGACAAUGUUGAAUGAGGUAUACCAUUGAUGUAGCAAACCUGUAGUUGGAAUAACAACUGGGAUGACAGAUUCAGUGUAUUAUUUGUGAAUAUUUCCAAUUUUCAAACAGUAAGAAGGAAUCCAAAUCUUCAUAAUUAAUCAAUUUCCAAUCUCUCUUUAUAAGUAAUGCUUAUUUUUUGCACUGCGUGCA